GGAGGGAGGGAGGGAAGAAGGAGAGAGAAGGGUAACAUAGUCAUUCCAAUUCUGCUGCGCUUGAAACUCCAGCUACCUUCUUUGCAGCUUUGCUUCGCAAUAACUUUACUAAAUUACUAAAAGCGUAAACUAUUUAUCGGAAUUUGAACGUCGGGAAAAACAACAGCAGGCUCACAGAUCCGCCUCGGAGUGUCUUAUAAAGUGAAUAGCAGCUGCUUUUGGACAUCGUUGAAAUCAAUAUAAGUGCCAUCAAUCAGAGGACUAUAGUAUCGAUGUUGAGGUGAAGACUGGUUGGAGAUACUGUCUCACAUCCCGCUAUUGCCUAACUAUGGGUCGAUAGUAUGGACUUACCCGACUCUGGAGAGGGACAGUGCAUCACGGCUGAUCGGAAUUUACUUCUCCGCUAUUCGUGUGGAAUAAAAGUUCAUUAACAAACGGGAGGAUUAUUUACGAGUUUUCACUUAAAAGUUAGUUUUUGUUGUUUCGUGUGGAGGGAUGGCGGGACCAGUUAUGUUUCUUUUCCUGUGGGUGUUGACUUGGUUCGGGGAAAUUCGGGGUGCUUCGUACCCGCAGCGGUAUAAUCUCUACUCCGGACAGACCCAGGCGCUGCCACAGAACGGCGUCCGAGCGGCAAGCAGACACAGAAACUGGUGUGCGUAUGUAGUGAAGAAGACAGUGAGCUGUGUGGUGGAGGAUGGAGUGGAGACCUACGUGAAGCCUGACUAUCACCCCUGCUCCUGGGGCACGCAGUGUUCCCGUAUGGUGACGUAUCGAACGUAUAUGAAGCCGCGGUACAAGGUGGCCUACAAGAUGGUGACGGACAUGGAGUGGAAGUGUUGCCAUGGUUACACCGGAGAUGACUGUAGCGAAGGGCCGAGCGGCGGGUCGGGGACCCAGAUCGCUACAGCCAGACCCAAACCGUCCCGACCGGGACAGACCGGAACCGACACAGGUCACAGAGGACAGAGUGGGGGAGACGGGCGAGGCGACAGCGACAAGACGCGGCAGCUGGAGGACAAGAUCCAGAGCCUAACCAAGGACCUCCAGGACCUGCAGUCCACGCUGAGGGGCAUGAACGAACGCUUCCAGGAGGAGAUGCGCAAACCGGGCUUCAGUGGUGGUGGCACCAAGACCCCAGCGGAUGCGGCCCAGCCGGAGAUUAAGGACACCAUCCACAGCAUCCAGACCAAACUAGACCAGCUGGACAACCGGACACAGGCUCACGACAAGACCUUGGUCAGCAUCAACAACCACCUGGUCAACGGGAAUGGCGGCGGUGGGAAUGAUCUUGGCGACUCCUCUGGAGGCACCGGUGGGAUUAGUGGUGGGAAGCUCAACACGCUGAAAGAGGAGAUCCUGAGGGAGCUGGAGAGAAGGGUGUCUCUGUCCUGCUCCUCCUGCCAGUCGGGAGUGGAGGACCUACGGAGACAGCAGCAGGAGGACAGGGAGCGGAUCCGUGCGCUGGAGAAGCAGCUGAACGCUGUGGAUGGACGAUAUCGCCAGAGCCUAGACGGCCUGCGCCGCGAGGUGACACGCUCCCAGGGCUGCUGCGAUUCUGUCACCGACCUCAAGGACAGGGUCACAGAUGCUGAAAGGAAGAUAAGCUCCAUAUCAGAGAACUAUGAUGUCAUCCAGAACCGCAUGGAUAAGGAGCUGGGCAGUGGCGGUGGUAGUAAUGGAGGUGGGGGUUUCCCAGGAGGUGGAGGUGGCUUUGUCCCUGGAGGUGGUGGUUUUGGCCCUGGAGGUGGUGGCUUUGGCCCUGGAGGUGGCAGCGGGUUACCCAGGGUGAUAGAGGACAGGCUGGACGGUCGUCUGAGGGACCUUGAGAGGUGGGUGAACAGCACAAUGCAGCACACAGAGGAGACAGAGAAAGACCUGAAGGACUACUUCAACCGUGAGCUGGGUGACCUCCGGACCGUGUUCCUGGACCGGUUCGACGACCAGGGAUACCGCAUCGGCGACAUAGAGCUAGACGUGGGCAUUGUAAAGGACCUCGUGUCGGACCACGACAAGAAUGUGACCCGCCUGGCGAACUCCACGGCACUACUAGACAAGAGUCUGACUGACUGUGGCUGUGGAGGAACAGGAGGAGGAGGAGGAGGAGUUGGAGGAGGUAGAAGAGAAGAUGGAGGAGGAAGUAGAGGAACCGGAGGAACAGGGGGAAUGGGAGGGAGAGGAUCUGAAGGUGGGACAGGGGAAGGAGGAAGGGGAGAUACAGGAGGAACAGGAACUGAAGGAAGGGGAGAUGGAGGAAGUGGAGGAAUAGGGGGAACCGGAGGAGCUGGAAGGGACGGAGGAAACGAUUACGACGGAGACUCUGUGAAGUCUAUCACCUGGAGAGUGGUGGCCAAUGAGGACGAGAUCCGACGCUUUGACACGCGGAUCAAGGACCUGUCCGUCUCGGGCGACUCACUCAUGGACAAGGUGCUGGAUCUCAGCCACGACAUCCGCAAGAUCAAAGCCCUGACCGGAGACAAUGGCGAGCACUUCAACCGCAUCGUCACAGAAGUUGAGACGCUCGGGCGCGGCAUGGAUGACUGCGACGUCUGUGGAAGAGUUGAAGACGAGUUCAAGAAGCUGAAGAACCACACCCUGAACCGCUGGGAGAAGGACAUCAACACCAUCCAGAACCGGGUGGAUUCCAACCAAAGCUUUUGCUCCACUCUACAGGAAGAGGUGGGGAAACUCCGGGAGGUGGUAGGGAAGUGUAGCGACCAGUGUAAGAUCCACCUGGAGACCCCAACAACAGGAGGUGGCACUGGAGGACGAGGCCUGGAUGAACCUGAUAAGCCCUUGGACGGCCACAGUGUGAUCGGAGGCACGUCCAACAACGGCCACCUCAAGUCCCUACAGGGCGAGCUGUCCGAGGUCAUCCUGACCUUUAGCUCCAUUAACGACACGCUGAGGGGCCUGGAGCACACAGUGCAGAAACAUGGCAGUGUCAUCACGGACCUGGGCAACACCAAGGACAAGAUCAUCUCUGAGCUGGACAAGAUACAGCAGGAGGUGACUGAGCACAUCGAGAAGAGCCGCGACCGCCUCGACGGGGUGGAUCGCGACGUGCGACGCUUCGAGAGCACCCUAGUGGUGGAGGUGGGCGACUGCAAGCGUUCUGGCGACGGCCUUGAGAAGAGGCUGUUCAAGAUGGAGGGCGUGUGCGGGCGGCUGGACGGCGUCUCCGAUUCGCUCCAGAAGAUCAAGGAGGGGCUGACCAAGCACAUGUCGGGCCUGUGGAACUGUGUAAAUGGUCUGAACGCCACGGUCAUUUCCCAUGGAGGGAUCAUUGAGAGCAUCCAGACCACUCAGCUGGACGGGAUCCAUGGCAAGAUCAAGAACCUCAACUCAUCAGUCAGUCACAUCCUCACGGAGUUCCAGAAUCUUUCGGAACAGGACCUGACCGGCCUGCCUGGUCCACCAGGUCCCUCUGGGGAGAGAGGGUUCCAAGGGCUGCCUGGCGCUAAGGGGCCCCAAGGCAGGGACGGACCCCCGGGCAGGCAGGGAGAGAACGGGCCCAGAGGAUCACCAGGCCUCAAAGGUGAACAAGGUAUGCCAGGUGCCGAUGCCAACGUGCCCAAGCUGUCCUUCUCUGCCGCUCUCACCUACCCCAUGCUUAGUGCUGGCACCAUCGUCUUCGACAAGAUCUUUGUCAACGAGGGAGAGUUCUAUGACCCGCGGACUGGCAUCUUCACGGCGCCCGUUGAUGGCCGCUACUUCUUCAGCGCAAUCCUGACUGGCCACAAGAACGAGAAGAUUGAGGCGGUGCUGUCCAAGUCCAACUACGGUAUGGCCCGUGUGGACUCCGGGGGAUACCAGCCAGAGGGACUGGAGAACAAGCCGGUAGCUGAGGCCAAGAUCACCCCGGGCUCCCUGGCAGUGUUCAACAUCAUCCUGCCCCUCCAGGCCGGAGACACAGUCUGCAUUGACCUGGUCAUGGGCAAGCUGGCCCACUCUGUAGAGCCUCUCACCAUCUUCAGUGGAAUGCUGCUGUAUGAACAUAUGUAAGCCAAAACCCACUAGGGUUGUCCAUCUGGAACAUAAGAGAGGGAGAGGAAGGAAGAAACGGAAGAAGGACGAGGGAAGAAGAAAGUUAGAGAAGAGAGGGUCUGGGGUUGGUCCCCAUUCUGGACUGUUUAGACUCACAGUUUGAAUUGACAACCGCUUUUCAAAGCAAAACGACAGGGUCCAGAGAUGGAAUUACUUUAUAUCAACUCGCAAAACACGGGAACGAACGACAACUAGGAGACGACUACAACGACAGAAAAAUGUUGUGUUUCUCCCUCUGCGUGUCAUUCCUGGCCCUCUGAUGUUGUGAAACCUGAUGAACUGCUUGAACAAACACAGGAUGUACUAUAAACUAAGUAGCAGACUGAGAGAUUUCGCCCUUCAUUUUUUUUACCUAGCUCGUCCAGUAUUUGGAGAAGUGUUUUUCACAACAAAUGUGUUGCUACUACUGCAGGAUUUUUCUAUGGUUAUUCUUAUUAAUAUGUCCCUGUUUCUAUAUUACUCACUCCAGGCAUGGGGCUCAGCGUACAGUAGUCCUCAGUGCACCACUGCCGACCAUAAGGUCUGCUUGACAUCCCACCUUUGCUGCAAAGUAUUUCCCUGCCAAAGAACCAGACCCACUGUCAAGGAGGUUAACCGGAAGUUAGGAAUAGAGGAGAGAACCUGGAAUGAGAAAUUCCUUGCUUGAUUUUCUAUAGCUGAUUUCUAUGGUGAUGAAUUCACGUGUUGUGAUUUUAAUGUCAUCGUGCACCUUUUGCCUCCUUGUCUCUCCGUUCUGUAAUGCCUUUGGCCUGGCGAUCCAAAGCUUGGCUUUGUUGACGAUAAUUGCUACAGCUUAAGUGUGUUAUACUGGUGGUUCCCAAAGACUUUUAUGUGCCCUACGUGACCUUGCCAAAUGUGCCAUCCGUGACCUAGCUAAAUGUGCCGUCCGUGACCUAGCUAAAUGUGCCAUUUGUGACCUAGCUAAAUGUGCCAUCCGUGACCUAGCUAAAUGUGCCAUCCGUGACCUAGCUAAAUAUGCCGUCCGUGACCUAGCUAAAUGUGCCAUCCGUGACCUAGCUAAAUGUGCCGUCCGUGACCUAGCUAAAUGUGCCAUCUGUGACCUAGCUAAAUGUGCCGUCCCUGACCUAGCUAAAUGUGCCGUCCGUGACCUAGCUAAAUGUGCCGUCCGUGACCUAGCUAAAUGUGCCGUCCGUGACCUAGCUAAAUGUGCCGUCCUUGACCUAGCUAAAUGUGCCGUCCGUGACCUAGCUAGAUGUGCCGUCCUUGACCUUGCUAAAUGUGCCGUCCUUGACCUAGCUAAAUGUGCCGUCCGUGACCUAGCUAGAUGCGUUGUCCGUGACCUAGCUAGAUGCGUUGUCCCUGACCUAGCUAAAUGUGCCGUCCGUGACCUAGCUAAAUGUGUUGUCCGAGACCUAGCUAGAUGUGUUGUCCGAGACCUAGCUAAAUGUGUUGUCCGUGACCUAGCUAGAUGUGUUGUCCGUGACCUAGCUAAAUGUGUUGUCCGUGACCUAGCUAGAUGCGUUGUCCCUGACCUAGCUAAAUGUGCCGUCCGUGACCUAGCUAAAUGUGCUGUCCGUAACCUAGCUAAAUGCGUUGUCCCUGACCUAGCUAAAUGUGCCAUUUGUGACCUAGCUAAAUGUGUUGUCCGUGACCUAGCUAAAUGUGCCAUUUGUGACCUAGCUAAAUGUGCCAUUUGUGACCUAGCUAAAUGUGCCAUUUGUGACCUAGCUAAAUGUGCCAUUUGUGACCUAGCUAAAUGUGCCGUCCGUGACCUAGCUAAAUGUGCCGUCCGUGACCUAAAGCCUUCAGACAUGUCUUGCCAUGCUCAAUGUUCAAACCCCAGACCCAGCCUGGACCACAACCAAGUAGAAAUUUGCCUCAACCAAGCAGAAGGAAACUCUGCCCUGUACCCCAGUACAGAAGGAAGCCCUGUCUUAUACCCAGUACAGAAGGAAACUCUGCCUAAUACCCCAGUACAGAAUGAAACCCUGCCUUAUACCCCAGUACAGAAGGAAGCCCUGCCUUAUAGCCCAGUACAGAAGGAAGCCCUGCCUUAUACCCCAGUACAGAAGGAAGCCCUGCCUUAUACCCCAGUACAGAAGGAAGCCCUGCCUUAUACCCCAGUACAGAAGGAAGCCCUGCCUUAUACCCCAGUACAGAAGGAAGCCCUGCCUUAUAGCCCAGUACAGAAGGAAGCCCUGCCUUAUACCCCAGUACAGAAGGAAGCCCUGCCUUAUAGCCCAGUACAGAAGGAAGCCCUGCCUUAUACCCCAGUACAGAAGGAAGCCCUGCCUUAUACCCCAGUACAGAAGGAAGCCCUGCCUUAUACCCCAGUACAGAAGGAAGCCCUGCCUUAUACCCCAGUACAGAAGGAAGCCCUGCCUUAUACCCCAGUACAGAAGGAAGCCCUGCCUUAUACCCCAGUACAGAAGGAAGCCCUGCCUUAUACCCCAGUACAGAAGGAAGCCCUGCCUUAUACCCCAGUACAGAAGGAAGCCCUGCCUUAUACCCCAGUACAGAAGGAAGCCCUGCCUUUAUACCCAGUACAGAAGGAAGCCCUGCCUUAUACCCCAGUACAGAAGGAAGCCCUGCCUUAUACCCCGGUACAGAAGGAAGCCCUGCCUUUAUACCCAGUACAGAAGGAAGCCCUGCCUUAUACCCCAGUACAGAAUGACCACAUGGCCUAUAGAUCCUUUAUUACAUCAUUAGAGGGAAUCAGAUGAUGUGACUCAACAAUCUUCAACCUAACACAGAGUCACACCCCAAAGUGUGAGAAAGUCAGUCUGAAAGCCUCAGUGACCAGUCAGGAGGGAGUAUCACCCCUCCCCCCGAACCCGAACCCCCCAUUUCUCCCUUAGGCACACGAUGUGUUGAACGGCUGCCAAGGGCCACAAGGAGUGAGCGGAUCGUAAACAGAGCGAUGUGCUCUCUCUCUCUCUCUAAGAGGCCCCGGUGGACGUCAUUAAUCGAGGCACAGUGAAGUGUUUACACAGGAUGAUAAAUAAGAAGCUCUCUCUGACAGCAGGGGAUGAUUACUUGGUCAUGUCUGUCGGCCCCCCAAUGGCCCAAUGAUGCAGAGGAAUAGUUACAGGCCUUCUAAUGGCCCAAUGAUGCAGAGGAAUAGUUACAGGCCUUCUAAUGGCCCAUUGAUCCAGAGGACUAGGUUCUCUAAUGGCCCAGUGAUACAGAGGUCUAGGUUUUCUAAUGGCCCAGUGAUACAGACCGGGCCAGAUGCAACAAUGAGGAACUUUCAGACCAGGGAAGAUGCAACAAUGAGGAUCUGUCAGACCAGGGAAGAUGCAACAAUGAGGAUCUGUCAGACCAGGGAAGAUGCAACAAUGAGGAUCUGUCAGACCAGGGCAGAUGCAACCAUGAGGAUCUUUCAGACCGGGCCAGAUGCAACAAUGAGGAACUUUCAGACCAGGGAAGAUGCAACAAUGAGGAUCUUUCAGACCAGGGCAGAUGCAACAAUGAGGAUCUUUCAGAGCAGGGCAGCAAUGAGGAUCUUCCAGAGCAGGGCAGCAAUGAGGAUCUUUCAGAGCAGGGCAGCUGCAGCAAUGAGGGUCUUUCAGAGCAGGGCAGCAAUGAGGAUCUUUCAGAGCAGGGCAGCAAUGAAGAUCUUUCAGAGCAGGGCAGCUGCAGCAAUGAGGAUCUUUCAGAGCAGGGCAGCUGCAACAAUGAGGAUCUUUCAGAGCAGGGCAGCAAUGAGGAUCUUUCAGAGCAGGGCAGAGUUAAUAAAAGGAAGAAAAGCAGGUUUAAUUAUAACUGAAACAUGAUGUCAGUCAACUCAUUUCUUUAGUUAAAAGACAGGUGCUGCUGCCAUCGUCAUCAAGGAUGUUGGAAUUAUUUUGGUGUGAACGUGCAAAAGUAACCUACUUUUUGAAGUGAUUUGUUUGACAAUAAGAUGAAAACAUCAUGACUGAUUGCGGUCAUGGUACAUUAAAAGUACAUUUUUACAGUUAAAUUACAUGUCUUUACUAUAAAACCCAUAGGAGGGGGGGGGGGGGGGGGAACUCAGACUGACCUCUGCCUGGGUCCUCCAAAUCACUAAACCCGCCCCUGUACAGAGGAAUAUUUUACAGGCCCUCUAAUGGCCCAGUGAAUCAGAGGAAUAUUUUACAGGCCCUCUAAUGGCCCAGUGAAUCAGAGGAAUAGUUACAGGCCCUCUGAUGGCCCAGUGAAUCAGAGGAAUAGUUACAGGCCCUCUAAUGGCCUAUGUGAUACUCCGCACCUAGUGUUUUCCCAACCCAGUCCUAGGUUCCCACUUAACCGUUUCACAUAUUUGAUCUAUUCCAACACUAGCUCACCAUAACAGGAUCAUGUUUGGUGCUUUCUAGUGCUGCAUUAGACUGUGUGUUAUUUACUAGGAAAAUGGAUUCAGUUUACAGAACAGCAAAUGGAUACCAACAUAUUUGGCAGAGAGGUACACCAUUGCAAUCAAAUACAUGGAGUUGUAUUCAAAUUCUAUCACUAAUUCUAUCACUAUUCUAUCACUAUUUGAAAGACGCUGUAUUUAGUUGAGAAGCUGCUGUCUUGCUACUCUUGUGCCUUUUGAGUAUUUCUCCACCUGGUCCUAUCUGACCUCUGUGUUUGUUAUUGCUAAAGGAAUUCCAAAGGUUUACUCAAUCUAUGAAGUCACCAACAACUGGUCAUUCCACAUGCCAACCAAAGCAAUGCUAUGUAUUAAAGGUGCAGUUCCGCCUUGUUUUCUGCAGCUCCUCCUCCCUACAGUCUAACCUUUUGCCUUGAAUGUGUGAUUUGGUCGACACGUGUAGCUCAAAUAAAGGUAUUUAAUUUUACA